AUGUCCUACCUCGAUCAAAGGAAACUACCGAAGGACACGAGGAGUUGUGUUGGAGGAUUUCGAUAUGAAGGGCAUAAAAAGCAGCUAAGACCGAGAUAUGCACAAUCAGAAAUUGGUGAACCCUUCAUUCCAAAAUUUUCUGCAAUCGCCAGUGAGGGUCAGAAAAUUGCACCACCAAAUGAAGAUUGGGCAGACAACACUACAGUACUCACUGGUAUGACAACUGAUUCUUACACGAUGGAAGAAAAAAUGAUUUACCAGGCACCAAUGGGACGAGUGAUGGGUCGAAGGUGCACUCGAUUUGUUUGGCUGCUGGCUUCGUCACUUCUAUGCAUUAUAUCGGUGGUCAGCGCUCCGAUAAUGUCCUCGCUGCCAAUUAUCGCACCACAGUUUGGCUUCAGCAUGCCGGCAAUUCAAUGUGACGUCGAUUGUGAAGGUCUCCUGUUCCUGAUGGCAAUCAAAACAAUAUUUUUGGUAAUUGCAAUUGGCGUUCUUUAUUGGAGAAAAGCAAUGGCUGACAUGCCAAGGUUAUACUUUGUACGUGCAGCACUAACCUUCUUGGUAAUGUUCAUCCUGUUUGCAUUCUGGCUUUUCUACAUUGUCAGAAUAAUGUUGGAAAGAUACGACAACUACAAGUACAUUGUUUCGUAUUCCACCUCACUCUUGGAUGCUCUUCUUUGGACACAUUACCUCUCGGUUGUACUUUUGGAACUCCGACGUCUUCGAUCUCAAUUCAUCGUUACAAUAGUCCGUGAUCCAGAUGGUGAAAUGCACACACUGAACAUUGGAGCAGGAUCCAUUCAAGAAGCAGCAACAGAGAUUCUUCGAUUCUACACAACUAGAUUCUCAUCGUUCAACAUUCAUCUCGACAAUGCUAGACAGACGGCAGUAGCCAAACAAUCUGGAAUGCAAGGUGGCACUGCUGGUUUCAAAAUGUAUAACAUCGAGCAGUUUGGAGGACAAGAGACUGUCAGUGAAGUCAACACUCGUGCUUUGAUGGAAGCAGCAGCUAGAAGACGGAUUGGCGGAUAUAAUGAAGUUAUGCAAGAAGAAGUUGACUUUGAGAAGCGUGUGAAAAAGAGAAAGUACCGUCUGAUGGCUGCUGCUGAAGAUGCGUUCUCCCAUGUCCAAAACACAGCUGAAUCUACCGGAGUUCAGAAGACUGGGAUCAACAACCAAAUGGAUUCCCUCACCGCUGCUCAGAACGUCUUCACCUGGAUUGUCAGACCUCUCACAAAGUAUUUGAAGACUACACGUCUUCAGUCGAGACAUCCAUCUGCAGAAGUCACCAGACAUAUCGAAAGAUGUCUGACAUUGAAGCUAUCCCAUCGGACGUUCCUCCAACGAUUCUUCAGUGACAGACUACCUCACCGAGAGAAUGUUGGGGAGUCAAAGUGGUCCGUGAUUUGUGAUGAAUCCGUGAGCUCCGGUGUUCAACAUGGAACGUACUUAGUGCUGAAAUCGCAUAAUUCGGACGUCGAUUAUGGAGUACAACUCGUCUGCACCGUUUCUAGCAUUCCGUUCUUCAAUUUGACAGAGCAAGCCAAAUCGGGCUCGGACAAAUUUUCUCUCAAAAUUAGCAACGAGUCGGUCGUCUAA